AUGUCGCUGUUCACAGCUCUCAAUUUUACCCCUGAUGAGGCACUACAGGAGGCCGAACAGCACUCACGCGAAUUACAGGUGGAAGAAAGCUUCAAAGUGUAUCAGAGCGCACUGUUGCAUCUAAAGGCCAAGCGUUUUGAGCAGGCCGAGGAAAAGUUCAAGGAGUUAUUCAGCAUUGAUGUGAUUAAGCCCGACAGGUGGGGGUAUUACAAGUACCGUAGCGUUACUUUAGACUCCCUGCGGUACCUAGCAUAUCGAAACCGGGGUGUUUUUUACUACCGCUUUUUACAGGACAGAUACACUAAUAUGGAACCACCAGAUAUUGUUGAGUAUACACUGAAAUCAGUAGAGAAUCUUUUAGAUGCGUUACAGCAUAGUGAAUGUGACUCUGCUGUAACAGAAAUUUUGUUAGCAAUAUUUGCAAGCUUUAGAAGCCUCAAAUUACAACGUUACGUGCUCGAGUAUGAACUUCUUAAGGAUUCCGAACUAACAACAGCACUGGAUAGGCGUAAUUCCGUGCUUCCUGAGAUUCGCGCGGUCAUUCAAAACUAUGUGCACCUUUUGAAAGAUCUUCGUGAUACAUCAUCGCUGAAAGCUGAUUUCGUUACGCAGUUAACAAGGUUUCUACAGCCUCACAAUAACCCAAGUGUCGACAGCAGGUCCAAACUACCGCCGUUUUUGGCCCAAAUACGUCACAUGCGGUUGGAAGAUGACCUGAGCUUGAAGGAACCAAAUGUCGUUAAUGUUGAGAUUAAUGAACUAAGCUGGGAAGCUGUGGCUGACGCUAUUACGUCUGCGCUGCCGAAAUACAAGAUCUCUAAUUUUUUCAGCCGUAUCUCAGAUCCUUACAACGAAGCAGAAGAUCCCAUAGAACACCUUAAAUUGAUUUUGAAGGAUAAUUCUAAUGACCAGAUCGUGGUCAAGGCCGACCAAGAAAAGCUUGAAAUAAAAGAUAAAGAAGAGCCUCAUGAUAAGUCUCAACAAAAUGAGGCAGGUAUAGUAGCAAAUCCUUCAGCACCUAAUGGAGCGCCCGCCAAUGACUCGAAUGGGACCAAAAGACCUUUGGAAACAUCUGAUUCUAACGAUAGACCUCUCCAAAGAUCAAGUAAACGAUUCAAAGAAAAACCACAGAUUGAGGUGAAUAAAAAGUCCAUGGAUAUUCAUGAAAACUUUUUUAGAAUGAUAAAUGACCUUUCUGCGGCUUUAGAUCUUGAAUUUGAGAUGAGUGUUGACAAGAUAGGUCCCUCAGAUAUCCCGUCAGAAGUUCCGGAGUUCUCAGCUAUGUCAGACUUUUACGAUUGUUUAAGUUCAUGGACAAACAAGCAUAGCGAGUUUUUGAACCAAACCGAAACGAAAAACUCUAAGAAUUCGGAGAGCGACGUAGAGAGUUUAUUUCAGCUUAAUGCCCUCAUCAGAACAGGUGUUCUGUCGGGUGACAACUGUCCAAUCGAGUCACUGACAGAUUUACCUACUGAUCAAAUUGUAUCCUUUGUGGGGCAAGUAAACACUCAUAACUUGCAUUUUCAAGAAGUCAGAUUUCGACUGCUAAACGUUCUCUUAUCUGCCAAUUUGGACGGCCGAUGUCUUAUCAUAGAUACCUUUUGGAGCCCCGUUCUGUACAAGGCUGUCGAGUCUUUAGUUAUGAGUGUUGACGUGAAUCUUUUUAAUAUGAUAACGGAGGGCGGAAAUAAGCUUCUCUCUUUGGGACUUUCAACUUACGAAAUACUAGUGAACAUGAUGGGCAACACAUACAGCGGGAUCAAUGCCAAGAAACUUCAAGGUCAAAAGGUCAAUGAGCUCGAGACACAGAAAAAUAAACUUGAAAGAAAAAUCAGCAGGUGGGAGCUAAUUUUUGAAGAUUCAAAAUCAAAUGGUGAAAGAUUUCACUAUAGGUUUUUAUGGGCGAAGUUUUGUUUCCUGCAGUACACCAUGGACAUUACUGAUGACAAGCUAAUUGACAGUCUCCAAGAAAUCGAAUCAGGUAUAAAAAAGCAUGCACCAAAUGUGAAUGUGCCCUACUCAAAUUACUCUACUAUACCGCAGCUAAACCUUAAGGCUGUACAAAGUCAGCUUUCUCGACUGAAAAUUAUACGAAAAAUUACAUCCAUUGACAUAAACACCCCGGAGAAUAAUAACGAUGUUGCGACCGAACAACAAAUGGAAUCCAUUAGAAAAGUGCUAAUCUCUGAUGAAAGUUUGAGUUCAGAUUCUUCGGGAGAGAAGCUUUCAAUGGAGAAUUUUCUGAGAAAUUCACCGUUUCUACUUAAAGUGAAGCUUUGGCGACUUUUAGUAUCGUAUUAUGGUCACCGAGACAAGGGAAUGGCGGUGUCAAUUUUUUUCAAAAUCCUCGAUAUCCUCUAUAGCAGACUUUGCUCACAAGACUACAGAGCCCAGUCCCAUUUACAGAGGCAGCAAACACUUUUGCUAACAAUCAGUUGCAUGGGCAGCUUUAUGAGGGAAUUUCUUGAUCUGAUCGUCGAAAACCCCAAUCACGAGCUUAUGGAUAAAGGCACGGCUACGAGCAACAUGCGAAUUCUUUUGAGAUGUUUAAAUUUACUCUAUCCUAUCGUGUUCUUCGAAAGUAUGUGCCAAAAAGAUCCUACAAUGAAGUCAUUUUUCAAUAAAGCUGUUAAAUCUUCAACGAGACUAAAAAACGUUUUUAUCGAUACCCUCACCUCUAUCAUUUACAUGCGCCAUGUCUUGGAAGUUAACGAACCCUUUGCAUUCAGUAAGCAGUGUAAGUUGUCCCACCUAAUAGAUGCCUCUCACGAGCUUUUAGGAGGGUUUGGAUUUUGUGACGCAUCAGACGGUAUGUACUUGAAUCUCGCCGAGCGGUUAUUAUGUGGGAUUGGUGAUGAAGAUGGCUUCAAGCACAUAAAGCAACUGCUGUGGUGUCAGUACCAUUUUAUCAUUAGCGGUGAGAAUAGUAAUGUUGAUCAACAUAGCACAAAGGGCCAAACGAUGAACCAGGAAAGCGCUGUUGCGAUUGGAAAAUUUUUGAUCAAUUCACAUUAUGGCGAGAGAAACCCUCUGACCUUGUCUGGCAACAAAACGAAUUUAAAACAAGUUCUGGAUAAUAUCAUUCAGGUUAUUGGCGAGGUGGACUUUUCCUCUCAUCACAUACUAUCUCGCAACGAGUUCUUUUUGGAGCAGUACUUGAGGUCCAUGAUUACUAUGGACACAUUUCGAAAAGCAUACGCGGGCGAGCUUUCGUUAGAACUUAUCAAACCGAAUAAUGAUUUACAGAACGUUGCUGACGCAGGCAUUUUUUAUGUUGCUAGUAUUCAAGCGCUGAACCUUUACAAAGCGCGCAAAAAAGCCACUCAGGCGCGACCUUCAGAACUGGAUUCUAUCAUUUCCACCUUAAAAACAGAUAUUGUCUUCAAAACUGGACGAUUCGAAAGCUGGUUUCUGCUAGGCAAAUGCUAUUCGUACGUUGUGGAAGAUGACCUCAUUUGGACUUCUGAUAAAUUGGCUACGUAUGAAAAGAGGAUGGGUCCCGCGACCAUUCAGCGAAAGUCUAUUCUAUGCUAUCUGAUGGCUUUGGGGAUUGCAAUUAAUGAAGGAACUAAGGGUGCCGCUGAUUUAAAAAACUAUGAUUAUUACCAGGUUCUGAAGGAACUGCUUGAAACGCUGUCAGAGGAACUCAUGAACGGUUACUUGAAGCCAAUGGAAAAAUCCUGUUUUCAUUGGGAUCCUCCUGCAUCUUUCAAGUUGAAAAUGGAUGGUGAGCUUAGCACUGCACCAUCGGCAGGCGCACAAACAGUAAGCGAUUACAAUAUCCAGCAGGCUAUUCUUACCGGGUUUUCCAAGGCCGAUCAAAUUGAUUGUGUACAAUCAAGUACUCAAAGUCCUCCACUCAACUGGAGAAACUUUUUCUAUUCUGCUAAGUUGAUGUUCAAGAGGUGCACACAAGAAUUCAAGAUUGCUGGCACAGACUUGCUAUUGGAAGCAUGUAAGCUCUCCGAAGACAUGUCGAAUGCGAAGGAUCUGAUCCUUGAGCCACAUUAUUUCCUGAUUGUCUCUUCUUUCAAGAUGAUGACGAAAGGGGUCAGUACAGCACAAGAAGCCCUGAUGACAAUGCGAAGGAACAACGCGGUAUUCAAGAAAGACGAUGAAUUUUGGACAUUUGGUGAAAAUGAGAGCUAUGAAGGGAUAUCACAAAGUUUUUACGAGAAAACUGUAAGUCUAUUGCGCGCCCUAAUUGCCCUCGACAAAAUGAAGUGGCACCACAGGCCGAAGUAUAGAAUCGCAAAAAUUCUCUAUGAGCAAUUCCAUGAUCUUGAUGGUGCGAUCGCGGAAAUGGACGAGGUGAUGUUUGUGAAAAGCUCCAAUAAAAGUCUGGUAAAUAUAUGGAAACCAGAGUUUGAACGUCCUGGCAAGCACUUUAUCUACACCUACCAGUAUGUGAUGUUCUAUCUCGAUUUAUUGUUCUGUCGAAACGAUUUUUCGAACAUUGCACUAGUUGCAAAAAAACUAAAAAAGUUUGGAGCGGGAAUGGUGAACGUUGCGUUGGCCACCGAACGUGCUCUGAAACUCUUUGGCCAGGCUGUUCAAGUCCGAUUUGGUGUCAACGAAAAACAGGCUACCGAUAAACUGCUUCCAACUCUGAACUACGUGCAUUUCAUAAAAUGCAGUGAGGACAUAUUUCAAACCUUUGACAAGAGCAAGUACGACCCAGAAAUGCUGGCUACACUCACGCAUGCAUUGCAGCUCAAAAAAGGCAAUAAUGGCUACGAUGGAAUUUGUUUAGCCUUAUAUUUCACUCACAUCUACCAGCCAUGGGUCUCCGCAAAAAACGAGUUGCUGAAGACUUCGUCUGAGUCCCAAAUCGAACCCGAAAAAUUGACUGAAAACGAGCUUGAGAUUUCUGGUACGCCAGUUAAGGGCAAGACACCCACAAAUCGCAAAAAGGUCAGCAAAAGAGAUGCUUUCGAGAAGAUCACGGCCUUGGUUGAAAAGAAGAUCACGUGA